AUGGUGUCCGGGGCGGCUGAUGUUAUGGAGGUGGCAGUGGCAGGAGGAACGCAUUUGGAUCCAGAUCUUCCAACAGACGAGUGGAAGAUUAUCGACCAGGUGCUGAGCUUCCUGGCACAGUACAACGGGAGCCCUGAUGGGCGUGAUGCAGAAGAGGUCAUGUCCUACAUCGAUGCACUGCGCCGCGCAAUUUCCAUCAUCCAAGGACGACCGGAGCUGGCAGCCCUGGCAGAAGAGGAGCGGCGAAAUUUGGCCGCACAGGCACAGGCUGCACUGCACGAGUGGCGCAGGCGAUCUCAGGAGCUGGAGCAUGUCCGGGGCGAGAACAAGGUUCUGCAAGCGGAGCUGCUUCGCGGUCGUCAGGCUUUGGCGGAAGUCCUCAACAAGCAGGCGGAACUCCAGCGGUCCGUGAAAGCUCUGUGCGCUGACAUUGAGCUGAGGAAGAAGCCAAUCUCGAGAUACCCGCUGCUUCGUCGGUUGCAGGUUCUCGUGCUGCACACUUUGGGGACCGUCGCAGGUUAUUUGGGUGGCUUGUCUCCCGCUUCCUCGCCGACAUUCCCCUGCCAAUCCAUACCCGCCAAUCUUCUCUUCAGCCGCUUGCUCAGUUUCCCUGUCAACGUUCGUAAGGAAUCUAGGCGCAAGAUCGUUGAGCACUUUAUGCUUGCACCGGAUCUCCUGUCUUGCAACAGCCGAUGCCUGCAAAACGGAGAUGUGGUGACCUUCGUUCGUGGCGAGUUGGCAUCCGUGCAUUUUGUGGAAGUCGUGGAUGCCCACUGGACUGAGGACAUCACCAGUGCAGUUCGAACGGUGGAAAUCGACAUGAGACAUUUGGCUGUCAUGCAUCGUACAUUGGGAGGGAGGAAGACCAUGCACACAGAUGCCGCUGUAGAUCUGUUGAUGUCAGACUUGUUUCCAAGCAGCGAUUGCGUUGUACUCGGCCUCAGCUGUUGCCUGCGAUUGGCCGGUCAAGACAUCAGAAGAGUUGAGAUGCUAUUCCGCGGGCCUUUCCCCAACGGCAGCGAAUGCUUCGCAGACGUGCAUGACACCCGUCAAAAAAGUGGUGAUCGGCUUUCCACAGCAGGAGGCGAGGCCGUGGAGGUGCCGCCGGCAUCUUGCGAAAAAGAUCUGCGAGUCGCUCUGACUCGGUGCCGCCCGCAGCUGUUCGAACAAGCACAGUUUCAUUCAUUGUCUAGUUUCCGGAGUCAGCCUGGCAGCAUGGGAAAAGAAGAGGCCGACGAACUCCUGGACAUGGAUGAAACCUCGUCUGACGAGGAGAAGCCUAGGAACACCGUUUACAAGGGCCACUUCCUAAUUUGCACACACACAUACACACAUGCACACAUGCAUACAUGCAUACAUGCAUACAUGCAUACAUGCGUACAUGCAUGCAUACAUACAUACAUACAUACAUGUACAUACAUACCUACAUACAGAUAG